CUCUACCUGUUUAGUGGUUAAAGAUGGCGGAAGCUCCUCCAUGGCCUAGCCGGUUCUUCUGUCACAGAUGCUCCGCAGAGAUUAGUCCUCGGCUUCCCGAGUACACAUGUCCAAGAUGUGAGUCAGGGUUUAUUGAGGAACUGCUGGAGGAAAGAAGUGCUGACAAUGGCUCUAUGUCUAACAUCUCCAGCGGGCCCCAGAACCAGCAACCAUUUGAGAAUGCGGACCAGCACUUGUUUACAUUCCCCUCGGGCUAUGGUCAGUUUGCCCUGGGUGUCUUUGACGACCGCUUCAGCUUCGGGUCUGGACUGGGGACAGAGGAUAACAGGGAUGCUGAAAACAGGCGAGAAAGGGAAACGGCGUCACGGCAACGAUAUGGUGCCAGGCAACCGAGAAGUCGUCAUGGUUCAAGGCGACAAGCAGGGAGGGCUGAGGGAGUUCCCACUUUAGAAGGAAUCAUUCAGCAACUAGUGAAUGGAAUAAUUGCGCCCACUGCAAUGCCAAAUAUCGGUGUUGGACCCUGGGGUGUUCUGCACUCAAGUCCUAUGGAUUAUGCCUGGGGUGCUAAUGGACUAGAUGCGAUUAUAACGCAGUUACUAAACCAGUUUGAGAACACGGGACCUCCGCCUGCUGAUGGGGAUAAAAUAAAAACUCUUCCUACAGUACAAAUUACAGCUGAGCAUGUUGCUUCAGGACUGGAAUGUCCAGUGUGUAAAGAAGAUUACACUGUUGGAGAAAAUGUGAGGCAGCUCCCAUGCAAUCACAUGUUCCACAAUGAUUGCAUCGUGCCCUGGCUGGAACAGCAUGACACUUGUCCAGUGUGCAGGAAAAGCUUGAGUGGGCAGAACACAGCAACGAACCCUCCAGAACUUUCAGGGAUGAACUUUACCUCCUCCCCUUCCUCCUCCUCGUCCUCAUCUUCCUCUACCCCUCAGUCCUCAAGUUCGACCAGCAAUGAGAGCUCCACUGAUAACUCCUAGAGAACCUCUUGUCCUUAUCGCCCUAUGAGCUGUUUAUAGCUCCUAGGCUGCUGUACUUCAGAGCGGUGACCUCCAGUCUCUCCCUGCUGUAGGGUAGAGACCUGAGUGCAUCUGGCCAGGAGCACUCAAGCCUGAUUCAGGGGUAAGUGAUGCGUGAGGUCCAUGUAUUUCUGCCCGUCCUGUUGCUCCCACCUUCAUCAGGGAUCUGAACAAAGGAAGGGCGGAGGCCUGGAGUGCAGCUUCUGUCAGGGAGGAUAUGGAGCUCUGCCUGAAUCACCUCAUACAGGAAGAGAAAACAAAAGAAUCCAAAAGGUAGAAGACUCGGGACAGAAAACCAGACAGUCGCUGUUCUUUUUUUUUUUUUUUUUUUUUUUUUUUUUUUUUUUUUUUAAACUUUUUUUCUUCAACCCCAGACCCACUUUAGCCAAUGAAGCAAAAAGAAAUGUACAGUUAUUCAUUUUUAUAAGUACCAUUCAUAUCUCUCAGAUAAUAUGACCUAAGGUGCACUGUAGUGCACUUUUUAAAAGUGUGCACUUAAGUUUCUUCAUGGUUUAGAAUGAUACUACAUAUGAUUCUCAAAACAAAAUUCCAAAAGUUUAUAAAAUGAAUUUACUGUAGAGAUUCACUUCCACAUCACAUGACACCACACAGGUACCAUUGUUUGCACUUGAAAGAAUGCAUCAAAUUGCAGUAAUUUUGUGCUGUUUGGAUAAGGAUGUGGAUACUCAUUACUAAAUUACACACAAGGAUGCUAUGUUAUCUGCAAGCCUAAAAUACAUAGAAAUAUUUUAGUGCAUUUUAACUUAAAGGUAAAUUAAAUGUUUUCUAAAGUUUCAGGUUGAAAAACUAUUGAUUUGCAGUAUGAUCGUGUCAAAAUAAAAAUAAAAGAACUGAUAUGAAAAUAAAGCUUUUUGGGUGCUACCACUCAAAAUUCA